GUGUUGUAUAUAGACCACGCCGGCCGCUCACGUUGCUCCUCUACUGCUUCUGUUCACUAUCCGAACCUCUUGACCUUCACUACUCUUCCACAACCAUCAGUUUUUUUGCCAUAUAGUACACCACUUGGCCACUUGAAGAGCUCCACUCCCACCCUAGUACUCAAAUUGCACCUGCAUAGCCCGUCACCCUAGCACAUCCAGAGUUACCGAUACGGUUCCACACGCGCGAGCAGAAGCUGCCCUUUGCCCGGCAUACAAUAGCCGCUCGACCCCCAGCUGUCCUGCAGGCCAUUCUCCUUACCUCAACUCUUCAGUAUCUCACAGCCCAUCGUUCAAUUGGCCACACUGAUAUACAGUCACCAUGUCAGAGGGUCCAAUCCAGCCUCCGAAAGCCCCGGAGGGCGCUGUUGUGCAGGAAGCGCAUCAGGUAGAGACGUAUCCAAUUCCGAAGGGAUAUCUCGACAACCACACGUCCAAGGACAAAACCACCCAUCUGAAGGAUCUUGACGACUACAAGAGACUAUACAAACAGUCCAUCGAGCAGCCCCAUGUCUUCUGGGGUGACUUAGCCCGCCAGCUGCUCACCUGGGAGCGCGACUUCCAGACUGUUCAUUCCGGUAGCUUCAAAAAUGGCGACAAUGCAUGGUUCCUCGAGGGACGUCUGAAUGCAUCGUACAAUUGCGUCGAUCGUCAUGCGUUCAAGAAUCCGGAUAAGCCAGCCAUCAUCUACGAGGCUGAUGAGGAGGGCGAGGGUCGCACCAUCACAUACGGAGAGCUUCUCCGUGAGGUGUGUCGGCUAGCCGCUGUCCUCAAAGAGAUGGGCGUCAAGAAGGGCGACACUGUUGCUCUGUACCUACCUAUGAUCCCCGAGGCCGUCAUUGCGUUCCUCGCCUGUACGAGGAUCGGUGCUGUGCACUCUGUUGUCUUUGCUGGGUUCUCGUCCGACUCACUGCGUGACCGCAUCAUUGAUGCCGAGUCCAAGGUCGUUAUCACUACGGAUGAGGGCAAGCGUGGUGGAAAGGUCAUUGGCACGAAGAAGAUUGUCGACGAAGCGCUGAAGCAGUGUCCUGACGUCCGAGGAUGUCUUGUCUACAAGCGUACCGGUACAGAGGUUCCAUGGACAAAGGGUCGCGACCUGUGGUGGCAUGAGGAGGUCGAGAAGUGGCCCAACUACAUUGCCCCUGAGUCUAUGAACUCGGAGGACCCGUUGUUCCUCUUGUACACUUCUGGCUCGACAGGCAAGCCAAAGGGUGUCAUGCACACUACAGCUGGCUACUUGCUUGGAGCUGCUGCUACUGGCAAGUACGUGUUCGAUAUUCACCCCGACGACGUCUUCUUCUGUGGUGGUGACGUUGGUUGGAUCACUGGCCACACGUAUGUUGUCUACGCUCCGCUAGUGCUCGGUGUCGCGACCGUUGUGUUCGAAGGUACACCAGCAUACCCAGACUUUUCUCGCUACUGGAAUGUGGUUGAGAAACAUGGUGUGACGCAAUUCUACGUUGCACCUACCGCUCUUCGACUUCUCAAGCGUGCAGGUGAUGAGCACGUCAAGGCACAGAUGAAGAAGCUCCGUGUUCUGGGGUCAGUCGGUGAGCCGAUUGCUGCUGAGGUAUGGAAAUGGUACCACGACACAGUAGGGAAGAAGGUCGCACACGUAGUAGACACAUACUGGCAGACAGAGACCGGAUCCCACGUCAUCACUCCUCUGGGUGGUAUCACUCCAACCAAGCCUGGCAGUGCCUCUCUUCCGUUCUUCGGGAUUGAGCCCGCGAUUAUUGACCCUGUCUCUGGCGAGGAGAUACACGGAAACGAUGUCGAAGGUGUGCUCGCAUUCAAGCAGCCAUGGCCAAGCAUGGCCCGAACGGUCUGGGGCGCCCACAAGCGUUACAUGGACACAUACUUGAAUGUAUACAAGGGCUACUACUUCACCGGGGAUGGAGCGGGUCGUGACCACGAAGGCUACUACUGGAUCCGUGGCCGCGUAGACGAUGUCGUCAACGUGUCUGGGCAUCGUCUAUCGACGGCAGAGAUUGAAGCUGCACUCAUUGAACACCCCAUUGUCGGGGAGGCCGCCGUUGUGGGAGUGAACGACGAACUCACUGGCCAAGCCAUCAACGCGUUUGUAUCUAUCAAAGAAGGCAACGAUCUCACAGAUCAGACCAAGAAGGACCUCGUUCUACAAGUGCGCAAGUCCAUCGGCCCAUUCGCCGCGCCCAAGGCCAUUCAUGUCGUUCCCGACCUGCCCAAGACACGGUCGGGCAAGAUCAUGCGCCGAAUCCUAAGAAAGAUUUUGGCGGGCGAGGAGGACCAGCUUGGCGAUAUCACAACAUUAUCCGACCCAUCCGUUGUGGAGAAGAUCAUCGAGAUAGUGCAGGCAGAGAAGAAGAAGUAGAAGCUGCGGGCGCAAGGAACAGGCCAGUGGCGCAUUGUAUCUGGGCGUUUAUUAGUUAGUUACGCGAUAGCGAUAUCCUAAGGCUGUAAUAAUUGGUGUAGUUAUGCAGUCCAAGACCGCAGUACAGUGGUGUGUGUGUUCUCCACCAUCCAUCAGCAAGCACCAGACAGGGUGGCGAGGAUGUGUUGAGCAGCACCACGAAUGUAUACAGAAAUUCUCAAAUGCAAGCAAAAAGGAAGACCAAUGAAUUUAAUGGUGGUUGAUGUUAACAACAGUCGAAGUCUCGCUCGCAGUGACGGAAUGGUUUGAUAUGCGUUUCAGAGUGAGGACGUGUAAUAGCGCGGCAAAUCGGAGGCGAAAAUCUUGGAAAAGUGAGU